AUGGCAUCGCGGAGCCUUCUGCGUCUGAUGAAGGAGUUACAGGAACUUGCGAAAGGCGAAAACCUCGCUAUCAACGUCCACUAUGAUGAAAGCAACAUCAACCAGAUCGAGGUGUUGCUGCUCGGCCCUCCAGACACGCCAUAUGCCUUUGGCUUCUACAGAUUCGCCAUCGUGAUUCCCCCCGAAUACCCUACCAGACCCCCACACGUGACUCUGAAGACAACAAACAUGGGAUCGACUCGCUUCGGCCCGAAUCUUUACGCGAGUGGAAAAGUGUGUCUGUCAAUUCUGGGAACUUGGCCUGGACGGCCCGGAGAAGAAUGGUCUCCCGCCCAAGGACUGGAAUCUGUCCUGCUCUCGAUCCAGAGCUUGCUCUCCGCAAACCCGUAUCAUAACGAACCGGGUUUUGCCCACGAGUCAGAUGCCAACGCUGUGCAGACUUACAACGCCAAGGUUCGCCAUGAGAACUUGCGGCUGGCCAUCAUCACGCCGCUCGAAAAGGCACUGGGCUUGGCUCCGAAUCCCACUGGCGGUCCCAGCAGCGCUUCCUCCGAAGAUCCGUUUAACGAUCACUACAAACGACGGUUUCUGUGGUACCUCGACCAGUACAAACGGGCCAUCGCCCAAGGCAUUGAAGAAGUGAAGAACAAUCCUGGGCCCCAAUUCCCCAUGGCGCCUUUUGAAAGCAGUAGCAAUGGUAUGCGAGGAUCUUGGGCUUACCCAGAGCUUCAGCGGCGUCUGCAGGCUAUCGAGUCUAAACUGAUUGAAGAGACAUACGGAUGGGCUGUGGAAGGCAGCAAGAUCUGCGAAGAGGAUGCUGGAAUUGCAGUCACUCUCCGAGCUCAGCAAGACCAGAUUGUCGCUGAGCUGAAGAACUUCACGGGUUCCACCGUCGAUCUUGCAAUGAUUGAUGACAACCCAUUCUUGUGGCAACUCACCUACUUUGGCCGGCCCAUGUCUAUCUGGGAUGGAGCGAUGGUGAACCUAAAAAUCUACAUCAGCCCCCGUUUUCCGGCUGAACAGCCUCGCGUCUUCCUGGAUAGCUCAAUCUUCCACCUUCGCGUGACAUCUCUGAAGAUGCUCGUCUAUCUCCCUGCUCGCUCCAAUGACUUGAUCCGCCACAUCGCGGGCAUCAUUGGUACCCUGGACGAGGAAAGCCCGGCCUAUAACCCACUUCUAACCGUCAAUCAGGAAGCGUCGAAGCUCUUCUGGGGAACGAAACAGGAGAAAAGGGAGUACAACACUAAACUUCGUCAUUCUAUCGAGAUGAGUAUGCUGUGA